CUCCCUCUCUCUGCCAGGCUCUGGCUGCCAAUGCUGGGACAGGGUUCGCAGUGGCCGAGCCCCAGGUGGCGAUGUUCUGCGGGAAGCUGAACAUGCACAUCAACAUCCAGACCGGCCGCUGGGAGCCUGACCCCUCGGGGACCAAGAGCUGCCUGGACAGCAAGGAGGCCAUCCUGCAGUACUGUCAGGAGAUGUACCCUGAGCUGCAGAUCACCAACUACGUGGAGGCCAACCAGCCCGUCAGGAUCGAGAACUGGUGCAAGAAGGGCAAGAAGCAGUGCAAAGGCCACGCCCACGCCGUGGUGCCCUACAAGUGCCUGGUGGGCGAAUUCGUGAGUGAUGUGCUGCUGGUGCCUGAGAAGUGCAAGUUCUUCCACAAGGAGCGAAUGGACAUAUGUGUCAGCCACCGGCAGUGGCACAGCGUGGCCAAGGAGGCCUGCUCCAAGGGUGGCAUGGUGCUGCACACAUACGGCAUGCUCCUGCCCUGCGGCAUCGACCGCUUCCAUGGCACCGAGUACGUCUGCUGCCCCACGGCCCACCCGGGCGAGCCCGCCCCCAGCUCCCCUCUCUCCCAGGAGGAGGAGGACGAGGAGGAGGAGAUAGACGAUGUGGACGUGGAGGAAGAGGAGGAGGAUGAAGACAUCGUUGAGAGCGUGGCGCCCCCAGAGGAGCCCUCGCAGCAGGGAGGCGUGGAGGCACAGGAGGAUGAGGAGGAGGACGAGGAGGAUGAAGAAGAGCUGGACUACGUGUACGAGGAUGAGGAGGGGGACAGAGACGAGGAAGAGGAGGAGGAGCAGAAGGACACCGAGAGCACACAGGGCAGACCCGACCUUGACCGGACCUUCCAGGAGGUCAAAGCGGUGUGCUCCCUUGCCCCCGAGACGGGCCCGUGCCGCGCCUCCAUGCCGCGCUGGCACUUCGACAUCAGGCAGAGGAGGUGUUUGCGCUUCGUGUACGGCGGCUGUGCUGGCAAUCGCAACAACUUCGACACUGAGGAGUACUGCAUGGAAGUGUGUAACCGCCUGAUCCCACCCACCCCCCAGCCCACUGACGACGUGGACGUGUACUUCGAGACGCCUGCCGACGACAAGGAGCACAGCCGCUUCCAAAGAGCCAAGGAGCAGCUGGAGAUCCGGCACAGGCACCGCAUGGAGAGGGUCCGGAAGGAGUGGGAGGAGGCCGAGCGCCAGGCCAAGAACCUGCCCAAGGCUGAGAGACAAACGCUUAUCCAGCACUUCCAGGCCAUGGUGGAGUCUCUGGAGGAGGAGGCGGCCAGUGAGAAGCAGCAGCUGGUAGAGACUCACCUGGCGCGUGUGGAGGCCAUGCUGAACGACCGCCGCCGCCUGGCCCUGGAGAAUUACCUGGCCGCCCUGCAAGCUGACCCCCCCAGGCCUCACCGUAUCCUCCAGGCCCUGAAGCGCUAUGUCCGAGCGGAGAACAAGGACCGCCAGCACACCGUCCGGCACUACCAGCACGUCCUGGCUGUGGACCCGGAGAAGGCAGCUCAGAUGAAGUCCCAGGUAAUGACCCACCUGCGUGUGAUCGAGGAGCGGAUGAACCAGAGCCUGUCUCUGCUCUACAAGGUGCCCUACGUGGCCGAGGAGAUCCAGGAUGAGAUCGACGAGCUGCUGCAGGAGCAGAGAACAGACAUGGACCAGUUCCUGUCCUCCAUCUCCGAGGCCCAGGCUGAUGUCACCGUGUCCUCCGAGGAGAGCGUGGAGCUUCCGGGAAAACCUUACCGCCCCAUCCGGGUGACAGCGCUGGGGUCCCUGCCUGAGUCCGAGGGCGCCCUCUCCGACCCUCCUCGCGCCAUGAAGAAAGGUUCCGGGAUGUCAGGACUGGACGGCCUGAUGGGAGCGGAGGAGAGAGCCAUCAACAGCAAGGGGAAGAUCGGCAGCAGUGUGGUGAUUGAUGAGUCUCUGGAUGUUAAAGAGGUCAUUUACAAUGCAGAGAGAGUCAACGGUAUGGAGGAUGAGAUGGAAUCCUACCAGCCCCUGGGAGAGGAGUUCAGUUUUGGCAGCAGCGCUCUGAUUGGCCUGCUGGUGAUUGCUGUGGCGAUCGCCACAGUGAUUGUGAUCAGCCUGGUGAUGCUGCGGAAGAGGCAGUAUGGCACCAUCAGCCACGGCAUCGUGGAGGUGGACCCCAUGCUGACCCCGGAGGAGCGUCACCUGAGCAAGAUGCAGAACCACGGUUACGAGAAUCCCACCUACAAGUACCUGGAGCAGAUGCAGAUCUAGCCGGGCCGGCAGGGGGCGCGGUGGAGGCGAGAGAAAAUACUACUGACCUGUAACGCAAAGCGCUCACCUCAAAGGCCAACCAUCUGCAUCGGAACACCCGGCCGGCUCAUUCGAAAUACUCAAAUAAUGCUACUACUUACUUACUACUCUUGUACUGUAGAGCUCAAUUUCUUUUUUUUUUCUUUGUACGUGGAUAGAACAACAAUAUGAGAUUUAAAAUAAUAACGGGAACACACACGUAAAUUAUUUCACGCCGAGAGCUAUGACUGAAUAUGAUUUAUCCUGUUCUUCGGGGGGGGGAGGGGGGGAGGUUAAUUAAUCAUAGAGCAAAGCAAAUAAAGACAACUUCCUAAUGCAAGAAAUUGUACAUGGCUAAUAAAGUCAUAUCUUAUCUUAUGAACUGAUCAGGAAAGACCCUUUCGGGGGUAAGAGAAUAUACAAAGAGUCGAAAAUUGCCACUUUAUCGUUUCCCAUCUCAAACCUGUUCUCAAAAUGACGAAAUAUAUAUAUUAAGAUGUCGAUUUUUUUUAAUAGAGUGCUUGUAUAUGAAGGUUCUUUGUACCGAUUUUGGUGUAUGGUGAAACAAAUAAGAGUACAAAAAAAUCACAAAAACGACUAGAAACCGACCAAAAACCACAAAAACGACUAGAAACCGACCGUGAAUAUUUUUCCGCUCACCGCCACAAACGCGAACGGGAGGAAAAGGCGGUUUUCUUCGUCGAUUCCGUUACCUGUUCCGUUCAUUUCCAGAGACUAAACCGGCUCUGGGCGCUGGCGGUUGUCCGGCGGGUCGCUCAGCCCCGAGCGCGAAGCCCCUCGCGGCGCCGCCGCCCCCCCCUUCUCCUCCUCGCGAGCCUCUGCUUUCGCGCCUUCGUGCGCCGCCCCGUCUCGCGCUCGCUCUGGAAAGUUCUGAGGAGCCCCGCCCCGCUCCGUCUCGCGCUCGUUCUGAACGGCCCCGCCCCGUCUCGCGCCGCUACACCCGUCUCGCGCUCGCUCUGGAAGGUUCUGGAGCGUCCCGCCGGGCCGGGCGCGCGCAGGGCGGGAGACCGCUCAGGCGCGUGUAUGUGUGUUUUGGGGGGACGGAGCGGGACGGGGUGUGGGGGGUCAGGGCUGCGGCUGUCGGGUCCCCGGGGGUCAGAGAGGAUGGGGGGGGUUAAGAGGUGUUCCCCUGAAGAGGCUUCGGCCACGAAAGAGAAAGUGUCGGCAGGGCGGGCGCUAAGGGCUGUCCGCCGCCAGGGGGCGCUGUCCGGGACGGGGUCCCCUCGGGCUGCAGACCAGCCCCCGCUUCUCCGACUGGGGCUCCUCCCGUCCGCACACGCGGCUGCUGAGUUCGGGCCGCACGCGUCAGGUCGCUCAGACCCCCGCCUCUUGCGCCUGGAGCCCCCUUCCUCGCCCUGCACGACCCGCUGUGACAACACGGGGGCCACAGGUGUGCUGGGGGACGUGGGGAGCCCGGGAGUUGUGGGCUAGUUCGCUGGCGGCGCCACACAGCCCUCCGAACCUGUGCGUCCGGGGUGUGACCCUGGCGGGUCCACAUGGGCCGGACCAGGGCUCAGGGCCCGGCUAGUGAGGUCUGGGCCCAGGUUUUCAGAAUUUGAUUAUUUCAUGCUACAGACAUGGAGAAAGAGAGAGAGCUGAAUCAGUUUCGUUUUUGUUUUCAUAGUAGCGUCCUUGUGUGCCUGUAUAGUUGACGUAGCUGUCAUGGCUUUCUCGGAGGAAACCUGUGGCGUGCAUUGUUCUCUAUAUACUUCUCACACUUUUUUGUUACUUUCUUUUUUUAAAAAAAAAAUUAAAACUUUCUUCCUGUGACAGUAUCUCCUCUGUUUGUCGCUGUCCCACUAUGCACCGAAACGGCUUUGAUCUUGUAACGCCUGCUUGAUUGCAGGCCGAAUGAAUGAAUAUCUAUAAAUAUAAAUGUAUGAGAAAAACAAUGACGAUGGUGAUUAUGAUAACUGUAGGGGGAAACACAUCAAUAAACUCACUACUACUUCCAUAGAA